AUGAAGGAACAGCACCAUGUGAUGGGGCGACGAACGGUGUCGCACAUCCAGUUCGGCACAAUGAGCUCGCAGCAGAUGCAGCGCUUGAGCGAGGUGAAUGUGUACGCUCCCGAAAUGUACGCUGCUAGCAACAGGAAAGCCGUCGACUUUGGCCCUCUGGACAGGCGCAUGGGUGCAUUUGACAAAGCCACGCCAUGCUCCACGUGUGCGCUGGACAUGAGGGAGUGUGUGGGCCACUUUGGCCACAUUGAGCUGGAGCUGCCAGUCUUCCACAUUGGCUACUUCAAGGCCACCGUCAACGUCUUGCAGCGCAUUUGCAAGACGUGCAGCCGCGUGCUGAUGACGGAUGACCUGCUCUUCACCUACACGGACCGCUUGCUUGCCCCUCACCUCGAGUCAAACCAGCGCCAGGCCAUCAUCAAAGAGGCGGGCGACCUGUGCAAGAAGACGCUGCGCUGCCCCCACUGCGGCGCACAAAACGCGACUGUCAAGAAGGUCCCGCCCAUGAAGAUUGUGCACGAGCUCUAUGUCAAGAAGCACGAGGCAGAACGCACACGGCUGCACGAUGAGCUGGCCGCCGCGGCUGAGGAGGUGGACGGUCUGCGUUCGCUGCUGCGCCAGGAUCGCGCACAGGAUGUCCUCAACCCCCUCCGCGUGCUCGAGCUCUUUCGCAACAUCCCCGACAGCGACUGCCUCAUAUUGGACCUUGGCGCGCGGCCGGAGUCGCUGCUGCUGACGAGCAUCAUCUGCCCGCCCGGAUGCAUUCGCCCGUCGGUUAUGCGCGAUGCAUCGGCCACGUCCUCCAGCGAAGACCCAAUCUCCGUCAGCCUCACAGGUCUAGAUAGGCACAGAACUCGCUAUGCUUCGUGCCUACGCCUCACAUGCUUGUGCGGGCAGAAGUUGGAGAAGGUGAUGGAGACGUGGGAGCAGCUGCAAAUCUCCUCGGCCAUCCUGUACAACGGCCAGCUCACCAACCUCAUGCAGACGCAGAAGAAGCCCAUUCGCGGUUUUUUCCAGCGGCUCAAGGGCAAGCAGGGCCGCUUCCGUGGCAAUCUCUCCGGCAAGCGCGUCAACUUUUCCGGUCGCACCGUCAUCUCGCCAGACCCGAACGUCGGCGUUGACGAAGUCUGCGUUCCGUAUCACGUCUGCCGCAUCCUCACCUACCCGGAGCAGGUGACAAAGCACAACCUUGAGAAGCUGCGCAAGAUGGUGCUGAACGGCCCAAAAGUGUAUCCUGGUGCGACGACGGUUGAGCUCCGUAACGGCGACAAGAAGAGCCUGGCGUUUGCCAACCGCCGCAAUCUUGCGCGCAAUCUGAGCAUCGGCGAUAAAGUCCUGCGCCAUCUUCUUGAGGGGGAUUACGUCCUCUUCAACCGCCAGCCAUCUCUCCAUCGCAUGAGCAUCAUGUGCCACAAGGCAAAGCCGCGACCGUGGCGCACGUUCCGCUUCAACGAGUGCGUGUGCAAGCCGUACAACGCCGAUUUCGACGGCGAUGAGAUGAAUCUUCACGUCCCGCAGACGGAGGAGGCGCGGGCCGAGGCCGCAGAGCUCAUGCUCACCACGAACAACCUGUGCACGCCGUGCAAUGGCAAGCCGCUGAUUGCUGCGACGCAGGAUUUCAUCACGGGCGCGUAUCUCCUCACCACCAAGGACGUGUUCCUCUCGCGCCAGGACAUUGCACAGCUUGCAUGCUACAUGGGCGAUGGGGAGCUGCUCGUGCAUCUUCCUCCACCAACCAUCAUCAAGCCAAUGAAGCUUUGGACAGGCAAGCAGGUGAUUUCGCUGCUUCUGAAGCCGAACAAGUUCGAUCCCACUGAGAUUUAUCUCCAGGCCAACAACCGCUCCUACGACAAGGACUACGCGAAACAGGAGUUUGGUGGAAAGCCGACGCUUGGGGAGAAGACGCUGUGCCCCGAGGAUGGCUUUGUUCUCAUCCGCAAAUCGCAGCUGCUGUCCGGCUUCCUCGACAAGGGCAUCAUUGGGGAGAGCAAGUCCAGCAUCUUCUACGCGCUCCUCUCUUCGCGCCUGCAUCCACCGCUUUCUUCGUUCAUCUCACGGGUCGGUAUUCUGCGUUGCUGUGUGUGCGGCCUGCAGUGUAUGAAGCGACUGAGCAAACUCACCACGCGCUUCCUCAUGAACCGCGGCUUCUCCAUCGGCAUCGGAGAAGAUGGUGACGGCGGGGGAGGAGCGGUGCGGUGCAAGGGAUACAUCCAGCAGCUCGAGAAGGGCAACGUGGAGUGCCAGCCCGGUUGCACCGCAGAGCAGACGGUCGAGGCGAAGAUCAAGCAGGACCUCAGCGCGAUUCGCGAGGAUGCGGGUCUGCUGUGCCGGCAGCUGCUCCCAAACAGCAACGCCCCGAAGAUCAUGGCAAAGUGCGGAUCAAAGGGCUCUAACAUACCGUCGCUGCGACUGCAUCUGCGCCAGAUGAUUGCGUGUGUCGGGCAGCAGAUUAUCAAUGGCGAGCGCAUUCCUGACGGAUUUGAUGGCCGCCCACUGCCGCACUUCAAGGAGGAGAAGAGCAGGGAACCGGUUGCACGCGGGUUUGUGGAGAACAGCUUCUACACGGGCCUCACCCCAACAGAGUUUUUCUUCCACACCAUGUCUGGCCGCGAAGGGCUCGUCGACACUGCUGUGAAGACGGCCGAGACGGGAUACAUGCAGCGGCGUCUUGUCAAGGCGCUGGAGGAUUUGUCCGCCCGCUAUGACACAACCGUCCGCAACUCAAGCAACGGCAUCAUCCAGUUCUGCUACGGGGAGGACGGGAUGGAUCCGCAGUUCCAGGAGACGGACAACUGCCCCGUCGAUCUCGAGCGCCUCUUCAGCGUCACAUGCACGCAGUCCAAGCACGCCACCACGAUCUCGAGCGCCUCUUCAGCGUCACAUGCACGCAGUCCAAGCACGCCACCACAGAGCCGACCCUCGUGGCUGUCGUGUGUAUGGUGUGUGCGUGCGUAUCUAUUUUGUGUGUGUGUGUCACUUCUUCCUGAAGACGCUACGCGCGUUUCUGCACAAGAAAGCGGACAACAUCGCCGCUGUUCGGCAGCGACUGGAUCUGGAGCCCUGCACAGACGGACCCGAGACAAUGAAGGACCCCAAUGCACAGCGGGUCAGUCCCACAUCCAUGUGUGUAUGUGUGAUGUGUGUGUGUGUGUGUGUGUGUGUCAGGAGAUUAUCAACGCGGCGAAGAAGAUCAGCACGCCCGUGAUUGAGGCGCCGCUGGAGGAGGCCGACAACGCCGCAUAUGCGCGACGCGUCAAGGGCAGGAUCGAGACAAUCACCCUCGAGGAGGUUGCGGAGUAUGUGCGCAUAUUCUGCAGUGACAACGAGUCGUACGUUGCGGUGAAGCUUGAUCUUCAGCGCAUCGCCAACCUGUUCCUGGAGAUUGACGUGCAGGGCGUUGUGUUCCGCAUCGUGUCUGACCGCAAGCUCAAGGUCAAGCCGAACGAUGUCGAUAUCAAGAGUGCCAGCCUCUUCCACGUGUACCCGCGCCCAGACACGCGCAAACCGUCCAACCCCGUGCAUCUGUUGCAAGCGCUGCAGCAGAAGCUCGGUACCGUCGUCGUGCAGGGGCUUGAAAACGUCAACCGCGCGAUUGUGAACGACGAGGGCGGUGUGCACAAACUAUUUAUCGACGGAACCAACAUGCGCGGCGUCAUGUCAACGCUGGGUGUGCUUGGGGAGAAGGUCAAGUGCAACCACGUGAUGGAGGUGGAGAAGACGCUUGGUAUUGAGGCGGCACGACAGGUGAUCAUGGACCAGGUGCAGUAUGUCAUGUCAAACUACGGCAUCAGCAUCGAUCCACGCCACACCAUGCUCAUGGGCGACCUCAUGACCUUCAAGGGCGAAGUGCUUGGCAUCACACGGUUUGGGAUUGCAAAGAUGAAGGACAGCGUGUUUAUGCUCGCGUCCUUUGAGAAGACCAUCGACCACUUGUUCGACGCUGCCAUGCGUGGCACAACGGACCCGAUUGAGGGUGUGAGUGAAUGUAUCAUUGUUGGAAAGCCGAUGAAGGUUGGAACAGGCGCCUUCUCCCUUCUGCAGAGCCCGCCACCAAACCAGCAGCCGCCAAAACGCCGCAAGCUGCUGUUUGACGUGGACGAAUACCAUCCCCACGUUAGGUCGCCAAUGCUUUGAGCAGCUCUCCCCGCAGCUGUUUGCACCGAACCUCCGCCCUGUUGUGCAUGGUGGCAGCGCUCGGUGCAGUGAGCAGUGGAAUGUGGUGGUGUUGCAUGUUGGCAGUGUGUGUUGCGUUUGCCAGGCAUAAAUGAAAACAAACCAUCAGC